CAAAAUUAUUCUUGAAGGUGGAGAACAUAAUUUGUGAACUGUGAACUUCAAUAAUGACAUUUCGACUAAACAUUGAGACUAAUGUAAUGUUGAGGCGCACUUUCUGAAAUCUGUGCCUUCAUAUGGUUUCCCUAGUUAUUAUUUAAGAUAUCACCAUUGUUUGGGAUAUAUAUUAUUGCCAAUGCAUGACAUCGCCAAGUGUUCAGACAAUUUAAAAUUUCUGGAUUUGCUCGCAACCGUUCGUGCAGAUCAAAUUCACUUAGGGUCAAACAAUACCCGCACAGGACCAUAUUUGAUACGGUAUUCCACAUUCCUCAACCACUUACAAAGAAUUGCUAUACACUGUGGUCUUCAAUUGUCCUCAGGUCCAUGCUCGGGAGGUGGGACAUCUGCUGGAGCACUAGUGUGGAGAUUAACAUCUGAGUGCUUUGCAGUAGUAGUUGCUGCAACUAAUAACUCUAUCACAACUUCUGAUCCGACUUAUAAUAACUCACCAGAACUGACAGACCUUAUCUCUAUUGCCGCGGUCUAUUUUGAGUUUAAUCAUGACAAAGCUGUGCCUUGUCCGGAGCUGGCCACUGAUCUCAGUAUGGGCAAAUACAGUUCAUUACUACAGCACGUAGAUAAUCUUCUGACGAUAUAUGCAGUUCCGGGUGACAAGAUUGAUCGUGCUCGAACCUACUUGUGUUUACAGGCUCUUGAGAAAGACUUGAGUAUGCUGACCCAGGCAAUGAGAACCGACUUGGAAAAUAAUAUCGAUGCUAUAAGUACAUUUAGGCGAGCACCAAAUCAGAAACACGAUGUGUUUAGUAUGCGUGACCUAGUAAAUCGUUCACUCGUUGGACACUUUGUUGGACGUACAGGAGGCCGGCUAGCUAGACUUACUUACCUAGUCACAUCUGCACAGGCUAUGAUCAGUAAUGCAACUGGAGUAAUGAAGAAUAAUUUACAAAUGAAUUCAAAAAGUACAUAUUCAACUAGUAUUGGGUGCGGAUCUCGUGAUGGUCUUAUUGGAGGUUAUAUGGCACGCAUCGGACUUUGUCCUAGAUUGUCGUAUGUGGAGGAUACUUCUGUAGUUGUCCACUCUGCAGUUCAACGACUUCCAUUUAUGCCUUUAGUAACACUACAGAAAGAUGCUUAUGGUAUAAGUGUCCCUCAUUUUGCUCAACCAGACGAAAUCAAGUGUAUAUCAAUUGAAGCUGAAUUCGUACUACAUCUAGAUCCUCCUUUACCAAUCUCAACAGAUGCAGUUCAACAACUUCAGCGUACUACAGGUUUAAGUAAUACAGAGAUCAUAGAUCAAAUAGAAGAAGACAUAGUUUUAUUAAUUUUACGGAAACAUAAACAAGAACAUUUGUAUGGAAUAAAUACACAUUUACAAAACCCAAAUAUUACACAACAUAGUUAUCAAAUUAAGAGUGAUGUCAAAGCCUAUCUUGUCAGCUCAGUUCCAUUUACAUGUUCAGAUCAAAUUGGUGAAAUUAUUUCUAUUCUUCGUAAACAAGCAUCAGCUUUGGCAUUUUAUGAGACAUUUAUUGUUCAUCCUGAUAAACCAGUUGAAAAAGAUGACUCUUUAACGUUCUCGUUUGAUAUUAAAAUCAUGGGUGGUCAGAUGAUUUCACUAGAGUUUGAUGAUCCUAAUCGUAUUGGAGCGAAAAUUCAUGCUUCCUUACAUGUGCGUCCGUUCGAUGUCCAGUGUCUGGAAUUAAAUUAUUUUCCCAAUACGCAUGAUCGCUUAAAUAGUAAUUGUCCAAGUAAUGACAAAGAAGUAGAUGUCAUGCCACUGACUAAGCUGGAUAUAGAGUCUGGAGGUAAUCUCAAAGCUAACUUCAGCAAAAUUCUCACAAAAACACAUACAUUACCUAUUGGUUUUGUGUGGUUACUAACUCAACUCCAAUGUCCUGUUCAUAAACAGUUGGUAAGCAUGAAGUUACCUGUAACCAAUUCAUAUAAUAGUACUGAGAAUAAAGAAAGCUGUUCAUCAGUUAAUCAAAAGCAAUUGACUUCUCUAAGGACAAUGCUUAAUCGUGUUAAAUCAUCUAUUAUAAUCCGUGGGGCUAACGGUACUGGUGGUGUACUUUGUGGUGGCGAUCGAAAAGUUUCAUUGGAUUUUGAAUCUUCCUCAUCAUUCGCUGCAGCGCAAGUAUUUGCUUUAAAUACACCGAGCUAUUUGAACAGUGCUAAAAAGAUACCUCCUUUACCUCCAGGUGUCAUGGCUACACCUCCUCCUGCGUUUACUCAUUUGGAUACAAGCUCAAGUGACUUUGGCAUUAUAUCACCGUUGAGACCUGUGAACUCUCAAGGCAAAUUACGUGAUAUGCAUUCCAGCUCCAGUUUACCAGUUGUCUCAACUAAUCCAUCUCGUGGAUUAAGGCUGGAUGACUUAUUAGUUGAUAGUACAUUUCAAACACAACAACAGUUACAGCAACAUAACCAGCAACGUAAUGCACCUCCCAUUUGUUUUUCCCACUCGUUGCCAAGCUAUGUAUCGCCUAUUCCUGGGACACACACUGCCUCUUUGUCGGAUGUGAAGGAAGCGUAUUCUGAUAUGAUUAACCCCAACAUUUCUACAUCAAAUCAUCUUUCAUUACCUACUAUUCAUUCCUCACAUAAAUAUGGAUCAUCUGUUUUAUCCGGGUCAAAUAGUAUCCCUUCAAAUUUGUACAAUAUACCUUCUAUGUCUAUUAGUGCUUCCGGUUCAGAGGCUACAAGUUCAUCUGCUGUAACCAAAUCCAAAAGUUUUACUGCUUCACCGGUUAGUGAUAACUCCAGAGCUCCAUCAACAAGCGGAUCUAUGCUUGUUAAUCUUUUAAACGAAGAUUCACUUUCUACUUCCAUUCCUUUGGUGUCUUCAUCUAGUAUGACAGAUCGUCACCACUACAAUACCAGUCAUUCUUUAACAAAUCUUCAAAAUAGUCCCCUUACUUCCGCUGCGAGCAUUAUAAACGUUUCUAAUAGUCGACUUCCUGGCAUGAUGUUAUCCAAUAACUCUCAACCCCCUAGUUCAGAUGCACCAAACCUUACUCCAAAUAGUUCCCAGUACCCUUCCGUUCGUAACUCCAAUUUAAUCACACCCAAUACUGGCCGUACCAAACAUGCAAGCUUAAAGAACAGUCAAACUAGUGUAACUGUUAACCCCACAAGUAAUCCUAAAAAACCUCGUAAAAGGCGUCGGGGGACAGUAGAAGGUAGUUUCCGAUGCAUUAGUAGUCAAAAAGGUAAUACACCUGUUCCCAGUGUAUAUUCUAGCUAUCCCACUACAAAGCACCAACGUGUUGACACCGUUUUACCGACUACCAGUAUCUCAUUGUCAGGAGCCUACCAGCGCCCUACUUUUAAUCAAGCAAAUUCAAAUUUCUCUUCUAGUUCACUGCCAUAUGUCCAACAGAGUACGGUAGCAUCUACAGUGCAAAGUAUCAGUAUGCAAACUCCUAAUCCCAGUAAGUCGGUUUAUGACUUCGACGAUAACCCCGGUUCAAUGUUCGAUGUCCCGGUCGGUAAUAUAUCGUCCUCCAAUUCCUUGUCGUUUUCAAGCGGUUCUUCAUUAACAAGUCCUAAAUCUGGAGUGUCUGUAAACCUAUUGCAGUCCGGUAGCCUGGCAGUUACUAAUACCAAUCCAGUUUCGAAUUUUCCUGUGACAACAAUGAUAUCAUCAAACCCGAAUUUAGAACGAACUAUCGAACGCAAAACUAGUCUGAAGAUGACAAUAAAAACAAUACCAUCUCAACCCAUUACUUCGACUCCUAAAGCAAGAGUAAACUUUAGUCAGAAUGAAGUAGAUAAUUACAACAAAAUCCAAUCUAUCCAAUCGAAUUCGACCCCUAUUAAUACGUCGGACUCUGGAGGUACAGUUCCCCUAGCUCAAUCUUUGUCAUCCGUUAAAAAACGUAAAAAACGUUCCGUAGAGGGAAAACCAUCAGCAUACAUGUUACAAAUGCUUCAGCUUGCCAACUCUUCAAUAAGUGGUUCUGAUGCCUCAAUUACCACUACUAGUGUUACUACUGGGGCUUCUGGAGUUCCUAAUCAGUCAGCAAUUACUCCUCUUGUACUUAACAACUCUGGUUUAAAACAAAUCAAAAGUACGAAUAAAUUAGUUGGUCAUGGUUCUGUCUUAGUGAAAAAAGAACGUAAGCGCCGUCUAGGUCAUGGCUUCACAGAGAAGACUCAUUUUUCCUUCAUUCCAAAUAGUAAUACUUACAACCAGGUACAAGAAACAGCUGACACUUCAAACAUACCGAAGCUGAUAAAAAUAAACCGUGUUUCCCGACCACCAUCUUCUGAUGUACCCAAAGAUAAUCAAACGGGAUCAGGUACAACUCCCAAUUUGUAUAGUAACUGUAUUUCGAUGUCCCCCAACUCAUCAUCAAAAAAGAAGGUUUCUGCACUUAAUUCUAAUCCGCUUGGGACUGGUGUUGGAAUUGGUUCCGGGAGUGAUGAUAUGAUUGUUUCCAAGAGGUUGUUUUCUACAUCGACUUCACCCUUAGUAAGCGGUGACAAGCGCAAACGCAAUCCAGAAACUUCGAAGCAGUCUAAUAACUCUCAGUCUGCUUAUUCUAAUUCAGGUACCUCAAGUGAUUCUGCAUUUAUACCUUCCCCCCUACUUCCUCCUACUAGUUCAGAUCCACCCACCAACAGUAACACAUCACGUAAAACACCUCGUCCAUCAUUGCACACAGCACCUAAUUUACCUCGUGUUUCACAUACUCCCACAAGUAAAUCUCAACCUGUUCAACAAAGUAACACUCUCAAUUAUAUAUCCUCCAAUUCAGUAUGCACUGCAAAUCCAGCUUCUGUAAGUGUUGUUGGUUCUUCAUCCGGUUUAAUUAAAGGCUACAAGAUCCCUAAAAAGAAAAGUACAACCACUGGCUGUUUACCAAGUAUACCUUUAUCGGACGCAAGUGGGGACAAGUCAGUUGGAAUGCUGUCUACCACACUUCAGCAAAUACAAGAAAGCAUUUCAUCAUACAGGGAUACACCAGAUUCUCAAUCUCCAGAAAAAUCUGAUGAAUCCAGUUUAACUAUUGUUGAAAAUUUGCAUCCAAGUUCUAACGAUCCCAAUUUAGAAGGCGUAGAUACAAUAAAUGUAGCUGUGUACAGUGCAAAUGUCACUGGUGUGGCAAAUAAUACUGAUGACAAUUCUUUAAUCCCGUCCGAUUCAGUUUCAGGCUAUACAGCCCCUAAUACUGAAAACUUUUCACAAUCCAUUCUUCAUCCAAUUUCACUACAGUCCAAUUCGUCUGUUUCAGUACAAUGUUCACAAUCGUCACAACAGCAACAGCAGUUUCCCCGUAAAUCUUCAGUGAAAAGUAUCAGUGAUAUUGUUGAUAAAUUACGGGCAAAAUCUACGACUAGCAUAUCUUCAUCUACUUCAACAAUUAUCAGUGAUUCGUCUAAUAUCGGAAGUUCCGACACAACAGCAAUCACUUCAUAUGAAGUUAAAGAUUCUACAAUAAAUCCAAUGCUCUCUGAUAAUCCAAGCUGUGUCCGCAAUAUAACUAAAAAAAAUGAUGAAUUUCAAGACCAGUGGAGAGACAAUAUUUUCGAGAAAUUCUGUCCAAGUGGGACACCGACACCGCACCAAUCAGAAAAUGGUCAGAACAAUAUAUGUAGAUCAGAUUCUGAAGUGGAUUUGAGUACAACGAUUGAAAAUAAUGAAGAAUCUGUAUGGACCAGUGGAAAUAAAGAACCAGUGUAUGAUAAAGAUGAAAGAAAUAUAUCCUUAAGUAAUUCAAGUGCUCCAAUGAUUCAUUCGAAUACUCAGUCUAUCUCAGAUUCAGAAGGGAAACAAGGCAAACAACAAUUUGAGUGUAUUAAAGCUAAUACUGACACACCAGCAUCACCUACUGAAUUGUUAACCACGGUGCCUACAUCUAAUUCAAAUGUGUCAAGUAAGAUUAUCCCUAUAUCUCCUACAAGUAUGAAGUGUCUCAAUUCCACUGGAUCAAUAUCGGGUACUAAUAUGAAGCCCAACAUAGUACGACAGAGCUCUUUGCGUUUCGAAAAGAAAACUGGAUCUGGGCGUUACUCUCGAUUAGGCGGAGGUGUAAAUGGAAUGAUGUUACAUGGAGGUCUUGUUCAACGUAGCAAUUCUGAUAAUUACAGUCAUUCUAGCGGCGUACAUGGUCAUUCAAAUCGUCUCCCACGUGGCGGAAUGAAUAAUCCAGUAAAUUCAGUUUUUAUUACUAUUUCUUUUGCUAAAUCAUCUUCAAUACUAAGAGUUUGUUAUAAUCUCCAUUUUGAGUAGUUUAUACUCUAUGAAGCAAGGCUGCAGCAGUAAUACAUAUUUGUUCAAAAGUACAUUCCUAUGUGUUUGUAAUUCGCUGUUGAAACAUCAUUUCUUUUCUCAGUAAUCAAAAUUUACUUCCUUGUGAUGGCUUGAAAUGUUAUGUUGUUGCGUUUUGAUCACAAGUUAUUGGUUAGACUGAAUGCCUCUUGUUAACUCAUGUGUGUCAGUGAAGAGGUUUUUUACUCUUACUGUAUUCAUAUUCGAACUCCUAAAUAUGUCAAGUUUUAAAAAGGCAACAAACAAGACAACACACUGUAGUUGCUAAAAGACGGAUGUUACUAAAAUAUAAAACUUCGUACUUUUGAUGCCGUCAAAAUCAAAUAAGAGAAGUUUAAUCAUAUUUCGGAAAUCAAGGUUAUAGAGCAAUUAGAAGUUUUGUUUAGCAGCAAAGUAUAUAAAACAAUGAUUUUCAAAUAAGCCUUUCCUAGUUACUCAACGAAUUCUUUCUGUAAAAUCGAAUCAAUUGAUGAUAGAUUGCACAAAAUUAAUUCAAUUAAAGGAUAAGCUUUUGUUGACAUUGUUAUAGUUGUAGGCCAUUUAUGUGUAUUCGAAGAUGAGAUUAUUUAAAAAAUUAGUAUGAUCUAAUCAACAUUACAUCUUCGUAAAUUGAUAGUGUACUUCUAGUAUUGCUUAAAUGGAUUCCGCUCAUCCUGUUGCUCAGUGGAAAUUUUAAUAUUAUGCAUCUGUUUGUCAUUUGUUUACUUGGUAUCGUUCUGCUUCAUUUAACUGUUCCAUGUGUUCUUACUAGCUUGUUCAAAUGAGUAACUUCACAAUUUGAAUCGAUUGCUCUGUAGUCAAGUAAUCAUGGUAAAAUCCUGACCAAACAAACUAUUAUGCACAUGCGUCACACAUAGCUCAGAUUCGUUCAGCACGAAACAAAACUCGGGUAGAAAAAUUGUCGUUUUAUCAAGCACAGGUUAAUUUGUAUGUGUUCACAAUGCACUGUAUUUAUUAAGGUAAUCUAAACCAACCAAGGCAACAAAAUAUAUUAUUUUCCUUACCCAACUAAUGAAAUUAAUAUUUCUGGAUGUACAGGUAUAUAAGUGUUUUUAACUUUGACUAGGAAAAGUUGUUUGAGAAGCUCAUAUUUUUAAUACUAGUGUGAACAGUCGUUGCUUUUAGUUAACACAUACGUUUGGUAGUUAGAUUCAUAUAGUCAUAGCCAUAUGAUAAAAUCGGUUGACGAUCAUUCAAGGAGUUAACAGCUUAUCGCGUGUACAUAUAUAAAUGUCUGUUAUUGUUAAGGAAAUAUUGGUUUCUAUCAAUCUAUUGUUAUUUAGUACAUUCAAAAAGAUAUUCCUAGAUGUUUUAAGUAUAUUUUAUUGGUGUACUAUAGAGUUGAGGUUUGUUAUUUAAUGUCACCGUAAGUUUGGUAACAUUUUCCUGUUUAUUCUCCCAUAGACAAAUGUCUUGAUAGUUCAAGUAUACGAUUUUCAACCAUUAAAUCAUGAGUUAUAUUUCUAGCCCUUUUACACUACAAGUUUAGCUCAAAGCUAGAUUUCAGAAUCUUAACUUGUUUAUUGAAUUGCACUAAAUUUCAUAUAUUUCAUUGUGUGUGAAUCCAAAGGAACGUGUCCAUAUACUUCCAAUUCUCUUUUGUUUUAUCCUUUUUUGAUAGUUUCAUAUUAUUAUGCUAUAUGUUCUAGUGUAGUAAUAAAGUACAACUCGGUAACCAAGUACAAAUACAUUUUCUCAACUUCAUGUUAAACUUCUAUAAGGGUUAUAGAUACUACUGGAUUACCUAAACGUUGGUAGACUAUAGAUUAUGUGUUUAGAAUGACAUUGCUCAAAAUCUUUUGCAAUGGCGAAGGUGCAUCCA